GUGGUGCUGAUGCGGUGACAAUGGGAGAUAUGCACCAUCUGAACUGAGGGUCCGGCAGCGGCUGCACGCAGGCUUGACGGACAGCAGAGAAAACAUCCGGAUAAAGACACACGGAGGAACCUCCUGGUUCUGCCCGGAGAGGGUGAGUCUUACCCCGGAAACCAAGCUGGCAUUCCCGAGCCGUCCAGUAAGCUGUGUUUGAGGCUGGGGAGCGAGUCUCAGUCCAGAGAUGGGAGUGUUCAGCCGGCAGAAGUUUUUCCAGGAGCUCACUCAUGGCUGCCUGCUGCCUACAGCUCAGCAGGGCCUGGAGCAAGUAUGGCAGCUGCUGGUUAUCUGCCUGCUGUGUCGCCUGCUCUGGAUGUUAGGUCUCCCUUCCUUCGUGAAGCACCUGUGCACGGUGGCGGGAGGUUUCUACACGCUGUACUUGUUCUUUGAGCUCCACAUGAUCUGGGUCGUCCUUCUCAGCCUGCUUUGCUACCUCUUUCUCUUCCUGUGCCGCCAUUCGACCAUCCGAGGAACCUUUCUUUCUAUAACGGUUCUCAUCUACCUGCUUCUUGGGGAGCUGCACAUGAUGGAUACCACCAACUGGCACAAAAUGAGAGGUUCACAGAUGGUAGUUGCCAUGAAAGCUAUCUCCUUGGCUUUUGAUCUGGACAGAGGUGUUGUGACUAAUGUUCCCUCACCCAUCGAGUUCAUGGGCUACAUUUACUUUGUGGGCACCGUCAUCUUUGGGCCCUGGAUCAGCUUCAACAGCUACAAAGAAGCUCUAGAAGGGCGUAAGUUGAGUUUAGGAUGGAUUUUAAAAGUGUCUCUUAGCUGGGUGAAGGGUCAGAUCUGCCUUGUCGUUUCCAACUGUGUGGCUCCCUACCUCUUUCCCUACUUCAUCCCCGUCUAUGGAGACAAACUCCUACGAAGCAAAAAGAGGAGGAAGAUCAGAGGCUCGCUGGCAAAGUGGCUGCUGGCAUAUGAGAACACAAUGUCUUUCCACUUCAGCAAUUACUUUGUCGGCUACCUGAGCGAAACUACUGCAACUCUCGCGGGGGCGGGCUUUACGGAGGAGAAAGAGAACCUCAAAUGGGAUCUGAGCGUGUCCAAGCCGCUCCGUGUGGAGUUUCCCCGCUCCAUGGUGGAGGUGGCGACGUCAUGGAACGUGCCCAUGUCCCGCUUUCUGCACACAUAUGUUUUCAAGAGUGCCGUCAAAUUUGGGACGUUCACUGCCAUCAUGGUGACGUACAUCGCCAGCGCGCUCUUACAUGGUUUAAGUUUCCAUCUGGGUGCAGUUCUGAUAUCUCUGGGGUUCAUUACGUACGUGGAGCACGUUUUUCGGAAGAGGCUUGCCGCCAUAUUUAACGCUUGCGUGCUUUCGAGGAAAUGUCAGCCAAGCUGCAGUCACCAAAACAAAAAGAAGCUGUGGGUGUAUAUGAUUAACAUAGCAUUUUCUGCUUUGGCAAUACUUCACUUGACAUAUCUGGGCUCUGUGUUCAACUCCAGCGUGGACUACAUGGAGGAGGAUGAGGACGAGAUCACCCACCACACCGUCCAGAAGUGGUCUGAGCUGAGCUGGACGAGCCACUGGGCCACGUUCGGGUGCUGGAUCCUAUACCGCCUCAUUCUCUAACAACUAGUGACCGAGAAGAAGAGGGAAGCAAUAACGAGAAGCAGGUUUUCCCACUUUUCUGUACUGUGACUUCAUCCUGCAUCAGACUUGCAGUUUUCAGGUUGUGCUGUAUGUGGGUCGGGGAAUGCUAUUCUAACCUUCUGGUUUUGAUAUCUGUGAAAAGAAAGAGACAGACCGCAGCGCCUUUUUUCUCUCUCCCUUUUGUCUGUUUCAUAUUCUUUUUUUUUUAUCUGAGGCUCAGUCAUCAUGGCCUCCUGUUGUGGCAGCGUUUACCACUGUCUCACUGUGACUCACAAUCAAUGUCCCCCAGUGGCGACAGCCCACUAUGUCAGCUGUUUCCUGGUCAUGCAAAGCCUCGUAAAACUUUUCACAUUUAGUAGUUUUUAGUGGGAUUUUAUGCCUUAUCCCAAGAUAAAGAAGGGCAAAAUUGUAAAGUGGAAGAAAAAUUUGGGAUGUAAUUUCAGCUGCAAGUCAUUUUGGUUUGCGUCAAAUUAAGUUUUUGUUUGUUCUUAUUUGCAAAACAGCUUGGACUUUAACUAGGACAUUCUAGAAUAUUUGUAUGAUUUGAUCCAAGGUGUUCAUCUAGUUGUUUAAUAUCCUAGAAAAUGCUUACAUUUCAGUUAUGGUUUGGAAAAUGUUAGAUAUCCAAACCGCACAGUUUUCUAAUGCAGUGAAAUCUAAUGUUUGAUUAAAAGCCUAAAUUUGGCUAGUUUAACCAUUAUUUACAGCUAAAACUAGAUAUUUUAUGCACCUAACAAAAAUACAUGUUUUUUUCAAACUGACUUAAGUGAAAUCAGAAUAAACUUAUCUUGUUUAGAGAAUUACCCAAAUUAUUUCUGGUUGCUAAGUAGCAGAAAGCUUAGCAAGAACAUUUUUAGAGAUUUAAUUUUUUUUAAUUUUCUUUAUAUAUGGUGUUUUAAGCAUUUAAUUUG